AUGUCUUGUUCCUUUGCGGCGCCAAGGCUGUUUUCCAACACCUUGACUCCCUUCCUGUACCCCUGUUUCGACAGCGCGUGGACCUCGCUAGCUCGAGCGGGCUGCCAUGGAGCACGACUUCGCAGAUCCUCCACGAGGCAGGCGAACCUCACUCGAAAUCAGACAACCUCCUCGGCCAGUUCAGCACCUGAACCGACGGAAGACGUCGAUGACCUCGAACAUCUCGAUCCUCCUCCGUCCGACUACUCCUCAGCGCCCUUCACCGAUGCGUGUACCUUGACUGUAGCCGCCGGUGGGGGCGGCCACGGCUGCAUCUCAUUCCUGCGGGAGAAAUAUAUUGCAAAUGGUCCUCCCAAUGGCGGCGAUGGCGGCACUGGGGGAUCUGUGUACAUACAAGCUGUGAAGGGCGAGACCAGCCUGCACAAGCUAGCCAGGCGAGGCAUUCUCAAGGCCGGCAGAGGAAAGAAUGGGCAGGGUAGCUUGAAAGGUGGUGCGCGAGGAGAGGACCUGUUGAUCACAGUUCCAAUCGGCACUGUGGUCCGGGAAAUAUCACGCGUUGACCCUCUCGAGGAAGAGGAGCGGCAGGAAAGAGCUGCAUCGAGAGGCUACGGGAGAGACGUGAAAGAUGAUGAUGUAGAAAGCGGGCCAAGUACUGGACGUGGGUCUCCACGCGACAAAUGGCUGAUCUAUCCUGGCGCAUUGCCCAGGUCGUUUAGCAGCGCCGACUUUCCAGCUCUACCGCGAGCGCGUCGCAGUAAUCUGGCUUCUCUGCAUCCCGCUGCUCCCAUACGGUUGGAUCUAGACAAACCAAUGGAAACACCGAAGCUUCUUGCGGCCGGAGCUAUGGGAGGCAUGGGGAAUCCGCAUUUCGUCACCAAGUCCUUGUGGCGGCCAAAGUUUGCUACGAAAGGUGACGGUGGGAUGCGGAUAGAUCUGCAGCUGGAGUUGAAGUUACUUGCGGACGUAGGAUUAGUCGGCCUCCCAAACGCUGGAAAGUCGACCCUUCUGCGAGCUCUCACACGAUCACGAACAAGAGUCGGGAACUGGGCUUUCACCACGCUAAGUCCCAACAUAGGCACCGUCGUGCUAGACUCAUACGCUGGGCGACCAGCUCUGGACACCAAAGGACGACGCAAAGAGCCAAGAACGAGCUUCACGAUUGCAGAUAUCCCAGGUCUGAUCGAAGGUGCACAUCUAGACAAAGGCCUGGGAUUGGGCUUCUUGCGUCACAUUGAGAGAGCGGCAGUCCUGGCUUUCGUUGUGGAUCUCAGUGCUCGCGAUGGCAUCGACGCUGUGAAAGAUCUCUGGCUUGAAGUUGGAGAGUAUGAAAAGCUUCGCGAGCGCGAGCUGAACGCGGACACGGAACGCACACAGCCACAAGAGGAUGGAGUGCUCGCUUACAAGCCAUUUGAGAGCUCGAUAUCUCCUGGAAUGGAACCUGAGGCCAAUCCAGAGGGCAUGGGAGAUGCUGUGCUUGAUCCUCCGGUUGGCAGAGAAUUGCCGCCUUUGGCCAUGCCACCUAUCAGCAGCAAGCCUUGGCUCGUGGUAGCAACCAAGGCCGAUCUUCCCAGCACUCAGGAAAACUUCGCGCGUCUGCGUAACUACUUGCAGCAAGUCCAAGCUGGCGAACAGCCUCACCCGAGCGGCAAGGCGAAUGGCUGGCGCAAAGCGUUGCACUCUGUACCAGUGUCAGCAAUCAAGGGCGAAGGUGUCUCUGGACUGCCCGGGAUGAUCUUGCGUCUGCUGGACGAUUGA